CUUGAAAAAUACAUACCGACUAGUAUCUACUGGUAAUUCCUUGAAUAAAAUAAUAAUAAACAACAGGUACCCCCAUGUGGGCCUGUGUUGAUAAUUGGAGUUGUUAGGGCAACCCCCAACAUCAACAAACACCUACGCCUUCAGCCCCAACUUAUCGACGAAACGAGUCUUUCAGAAGGUUAAACCUAUUAGUAAACAAUCAAUAAACGAACCCAGAAACCCCUUCAUUACCUAAUUCUUUAAAUACCGCAAAAUAUAACGAAAAAAUGACCGCAAUUGAGUCGCCUGAUUUCAUUGCAAUCAACAACACGUCAUCCCCAACCGACGAUUUUGUAACAACCAAAAGUGUAAGAAUCGCAGAAAUGGCCAGAUUAUCAACCCCUAAGCCCAUAAUGUACCUGGGAUCAACCACAGAGUUUCAAAGACAAGGAACCGGGAUUCCCAAGACCCCCUACAAGCCUGGAACGGGAUACAGGGCCGGGACUGGGUUCAAACCCACGACUAACUUUAAGCAGACGAGUUUUGAAAAACCGGGAACUGGGUAUAAACCCGGAACUGGGUUCAGACCAGGGACUGGGGCCGAUGUGGUGAACAGGCCCAUGACGGCGGUGCGCGGGGCUGGGUACACCUCCCAUGGGAAACCUUUCGACCCUUUGAACCAAGCUGCUUCGGCCCCAACGCCGCCUCUGGAGUUGCAAAAGGAUGACUCUCCCGAACAGAAAAUUCGGCAACAAAAGGCAAAAAUCAUGCAGCUUGUGGAAGAGGCGUGUGUCGCGGAAUGCGAGGGUGACUAUCGGAAGUCGCUCUCUAAGGCUAAAGAAGCGUCAAAUAAGGAGCGGGUUUUGAUCAAAAUGCAGGAACAGUCUGAUCUGAGUGACUUGCACGAUAUUGAUUUAACUUUUGUUGUUUUGUUCACACUUGGUAACCAGUACGCAGCCAAUGAAUUAUACACAGAAGCACUCAGCACGUACCAAAUGAUCAUAAAAAAUCGAAUGUUUUCAAAUGCACACCGUUUGAAGAUAAAUAUGGGCAAUAUUUAUUUCAAACAAGGCCAGUUCCAAAUGGCGGUCAAAAUGUAUCGCAUGGCUUUGGACCAAGUGUCUUCAAGUCAAAAAAAUCUGAGAAUCAAAAUAAUGCACAAUAUUGCGUUAGUUUUUAUCAAAAUGGGCCAAUGGGAAGAAGCAAUUUCAAGUCUGGAGUACAUAAUGGGCGAACAAGCUUGUCAUAGGGCAGGCUUGCACUUAAUUAUCUGUUGCAGAGCUUUGGAAGAUAGAGAUAGAAUGAAAACAGCAUUUUCCAUGUUACUUAACGUUCCUCUGGAAGUCGAAGAUGAAGAAAAAUACAACCUUGAACAGGACAAUCCAGAAGAUGUACUAAUCGCUAUGGCUAUUCAAAACGACGAUUUACAUAAAUACGAAAUAAAAAAAUGCAAGGACGCCGAAUACUGCAUUUUAACGGCAGCUAAGCUUAUAGCACCUUUAAUUGAAGACACAUUUAGUUUAGGCUAUGACUGGUGCGUAAUGUCGAUAAAAAAUUCAGAAUACGCUCGACUGGCCUCAAAUCUCGAAAUUAAUAAAGCGGUAAUGUUUUUGAAACAAAACCAAUUGCCUGAAGCAAUCGACACGUUGAAAGCCUUUGAAAAAGACUCAGUUAUUGCAAUCAACGCUGCAAUUAAUUUGAGUUUCAUUUAUUACUUGCAAGGAGACAUCGAAAAUGCAACGAAAUACGCGCAAGUUGUGGAAACAAAUCCCACAAAAAGUGCGGACGGUUAUGUAAACCUGGGAGCGUGUUUAAUGGCGAAAGGACAGCCGGAAGAUGCCAUUAACUCGUUCAAAAACGCCUUGGAGUUAGAUCCGACUCACUUUGAGGCAAUUUACAACCUCGGUUUGGUGCUGAAACGGCAAGGACACUACGCGGAAGCCCUUCAGUGUUUUCAGAGAUUUUCAGGCUCGCUUGCCCUUCUCCCAAAUGUGGUUUACCAAGUUGCUAAUUUAUUAGAAUUGAAGGGUGACAGCGAAGCCGCUGCCGACAUGUACCAACAAUUGCUGGGUCUUGUACCAACGGACGCUGGGGCGCUGCAAAAAAUGGGCGAGUUGUACGACCACGAUGGUGAUAAACAACAAGCCCACCACUACCACAUUGAAUCUUUCCGGUACUACCCGGCAAAUUUGUCGGUAAUUAACUGGCUGGGCUCGUACUACAUCGAAAUGCAAGUGGUGGAAAGAGCCCUCGUCUACUUCGAAAAAGCGGCCCUUAUGCAGCCCAACGAGCCCAAGUGGAACAUGAUGGUGGCCGGCUGCCACCGAAGAAGUGGGAACAUGCAUCGUGCCUUAACCUUGUACCAAGAAAUCCACCGGAAAUUCCCCGAAAAUGUGGAAUGUUUGCGCUUUCUGGUCCGGUUAUGCAACGACAUGGGGAUGAGAGAGGCUCAGGAUUAUAUUCUCGAGUUGAAAAAAAUCGAAAAAGCGAAAGAAGUCAGGGAACGGGUUAAUAGUAGCCGCCCCAGUUCCCGCAGGAGCAACAGUGGGCUAUCGUCUAGAGCCGGCUCCGGAUUUAGCCCAGUUCCGGAACACGGACCACUGACUUCUGCCAACCGGAACUUGAGGAGCUCGCGCCUGAUUCGGGCGCACAACAGCGCGGAAAGUACAGACUCCGGAUUUGGACAACCAAUGAUAGACGCCAGUUAUUCGGAUCCAUUGGGCCCACAGCCACUCCGGCCGAGGACAGGUGCUGGAAAACCUUUGGAUUUUGAUGAUUUUGCAAACGAUGAGUUAGGAGAUGAUUUGCUACCUGAGUAAUUAAUUGUCAUGCUAUACGCAUAGUAAAAUGUAGUAAAGGUGUGAAAAGAAACUAUUUUUUCAAUUAUAAAUAGAUGUUUUAUAAAAAUUGAUAAGUAGACAGGUAUUUUGAUCUUAUAAAAAUAAUAUUGAUCACUUGUAAAGUAAUAAACAUAAACAUUUUCUCAACACGAUGACUGAUGUUUGUAAACAAGUAUCUCGGAGAAAAAAGUAAUUGCUAUAAAUAUUGUUCUUGCACGUUUAAAUUAAAGCUAUUAUUGUUUAUGUAAUAAAAUAGCAACAAUAAAUAAGUUUCAUGUACUAAUACUACAACUGUUAUGAUAAACAACAAAGCUUGAAACUUAUUUCGUUAAGUCUUUGAUGUUGAUUUAGUGGCUUAGCUACGUAUUAUAAUUUAGAAAAUUUACAAAAUUUCUUAACAAUUGAUCUAAUACAAUCACAGUUAAAUAAAAACUUAAACACGUAAUGAUUCUUAAAAUAUCGGCAACAAAUCUGUUCAGUCGCAUUAUGUAAAUAAAUUCUCUAACUACACAAUUGCAAUAUACAAAAUGAACCUUAAUUACACUUUCAUUCAGUAUACCUACCAAGCACCAUCGAUCUAAGUAAUGGUCCGACUUCUUUCGGGUCUUGUAACACUUCUAACAACAUUUUUUCGACGUUUCUAGUGAUUGAAACUUUUUGAUGGUCUUUUAGCGGAUAUUCUAACGUACUUGGCCCACCCUGAUAGCAA